AUGCCUCCGAAAAAGGAAAAUACCGCUACGAAAGAUACUUCUAAGGAAGUUGCAAAACCCUCGGAUAUUUACGAAUUGCAUGCUAAGGUGCUCUGUCAACAUUUGGAUAAUCUUUAUUAUGAAGCGAAAAUUAUCAACGUGGAGCAUGGCAUCGAUGGAGAACCUAUUUAUACCGUUCAUUAUCAAGGCUGGAAUCAACGACAUGACGAAAAAAUUAAGCAUAGCAGCACACGUAGUCGUUUUUUGGAAUAUACGACAGCUAAUGUUGAACGUGCAAAGGCAGAAAUGAGAGAUGCUCAGGCUCGAUUAGCGCAAAACAAACGACGUAGCCGGAAAUCGAAUGUCCUGGAUGAGAAACGAAGUGGUGGAGCUGAUAGUCGAGGGAGUACACCAUCGGACAAGCGUGGGACAUCAACAAGUCGUGCUGCUAGCAUUGCAUCGGAUAAAGGGACUAUGCGAAAACGUAAACCAGGUACACAGUUGGAGAGUGAACCAGUUUCGGAUUUCAUCCGGAAGAAUGAAAUUAAAAUUGAUAUACCAUCAGUAUUGAAGGACAUCCUGGUCGAUGAUCACGAUAUGGUUAAUCGUCAAAUGUAUCUUCCACGACUUCCGGCACGUCAUACAGUAGCUGGUAUUGUCCGUCAGUAUGCGGAUUACAUGGGUACAUGUGUGGAAGCGAAAGAUACUUUGACUUUUGAAUUCGGAAGCGAUGAUACACAGCUGAAUUCCAUGGUGGUUACUUUGGUUGAAAGCAGUUAUGGUAUACAGGAUUAUUUUAACAAUUCGCUGGGAUUACAAUUGCUCUAUAAAUUUGAACGACCUCAAUAUGCUGAUCUUCUUGCCCAACAUAAAACUAAACAGGAAGGAACAAAAGAUGUGAAGAAAAAACGCAGCAGUGACGCGAAUAACAGUGAUGAUUCACCUGUGGACGAUUAUGACAAGUUUAAGCCUUCGGAAUACUACGGUUUCAUUCAUCUUCUUCGUUUGUUUGUUCGCUUCGGCCAUAUGUUAGGAUUGACAAGUUGGAGUGAUCGGACAAUCGAAGCUAUUGUGAAUCAUGUGCAUAAUUUUCUAAAAUUCCUCGAAGUUAAUCGCCACAAAUUUUUUGAUAUUGAAACGGAUUAUGAAGUGGCACCACCAGAAUAUCAGCGACGUGUUUGGAGCUCAUAG